GAGCCAUCCAGCAGAUGCAAGGAGUCACGUAGACGGGAGUGCCUGAAGAUUGAGGAACUGAGAAUGAUUGGUUUAGGAGGAUGUGGGUGCGCUCGUGGCUGACGCACACAGCACCAGGAGACAAGAGAUAAACGCAUGAUCACCGCUAGAGAACAAUAGAGUCCUGUAUGGUUACAUAAGGGUCCACAAGGACACUGCGUGCACGGCGUUAUGAUUGGCCAAAUAGGGGGGCGAGUACGGGUGAACUUCGUGGAUAAAUACUGCUGUAAGUGCUUGGUGCGGCGCGGCCGCCAUUAGCAUUAGUACAUUAGCAUUAGUAAUAAAAGAAGUUUGCCACUCACCUCGUCUGCGGGUCGUUCUUGCGGGCCGAGAGCGACAUCUGGUGCCGAAACCCGGGAUCCCUAUCUCCAGACGCAGAACGAGGAUUGAGGUAAGAGCAACAAUCAGGUAAAGAGUGCACCUAUUUCUGUCUAUUGACAGGGAAGUUCCCUGAAGACGAUCGGGCGUAAGGGUGUUUGUGAAGUUCUUCAGGGACGAUGAGAAGUUCCCCGUAGACGAUGAGACGUUAGGGUGUUUGUGAAGUUCUACGGGGACAAUGAGGUAAAGUUUCCUCGGAAUGGGGAAUGAUCUUGCUCGCUUGGAGGACUCCUUAAAAGAUGUCCUCAAGACGAACGGUACCCCCUUAAAGGCAAAAACAGCGAGGGCUUUUUUAAAAGAAGUAGAAGAGAUUGCCCCCUGGUUUAUAGAAGAAGGGCUCCUAAAUGUGCCACAAUGGGAAAACCUGGGUGAGGACUUAAAACGCUGCCCCUCUACAUCCCCGGGGACUCUAGCUGUGUGGUCCUUGGUGAAGGUAUGUUUGCAAUCCCCCCGAGGGCCCUUGCAGCGAGCUGUACGACAGGGGGGCAAAGUCCUUGAGCAAAUGAAGGAAGAGUCCCGUAAGGGCUCCUCCCGAGAUUCUGAAUCCGAAAGUGAAGGCUCAGAAGGGAUGUCCGAAUGCGAGUUACAGGAGCUAGGAAAGAUAGAGGCAAGUAACAAGAAAAGGGAAUCUCCCGGUCUCCAGACAGACUUGGAGACCGUGAGGCAGCAACUUGAGGAAAAGAAGGCGGAAUUGCAGAAGGUGUUAGGAGAAUUAAGAGUGCAGGGAGAAGUAAUGGCGCAGCUGAAGACAGGGGCGGAAGCCGCAGUUGUGGCGCAGUCGAAAUUAAAAACGGAAGUUACACCGCUUCCGCAUUCUAACCCCAUGGCGCCACCCCAUGAGUGGCCCCCGCCUUAUAGGCCCAGCUGCGCCAAGACGUGCUAUUGUUCGGGCUGUACCGCGGAAAAUUGGAGAGAGGUCCUUGGCCCGGGAAAAGGCUUUUUUCCAGUGUUAGAAGAUCAGAAUCAGCAGAGGUACCACCAGCCACUAGAUUUCAAGUUGGUAAAGCAGCUUAAGGAGGCAGUCAGCGCCUAUGGACCCCAGGCAGCUUUCAUUGUCUCCCUUGUGGAGUCGCUGGGAACACUUUACCUCACUCCUGAGGAUUGGGCCAACCUGGCCAGAGCGGUUUUAAGAUCACGUAAGCUCUCGAUUUGAAACAAAUGUUACUUAAGCACAUAAGUUACUCACCAAUGCCCGUCUGUGUUAGAGCUCCCUUUCUCUUCAUAGUUUUUAAUGCUUCUACUAUUAACAAGUCAUCUAGUCUCUCUUGUGAGUCCCAGAAUUGUCUGCUAUCAGAAUGUUGGAAUGCCACGGUGGGAGACUCGGCAGUAAUAGCCAAGAUACCUACGUAUAUCCCGAUGCCAGUACAGGUGAACCCCGACAACCUGCCGGUGCUGCUUCGACAUAAACGAGACUUUGACUGCAGCAACACUCAACAAUGUCACCGGGAGGGUAACUAAAGCCCUUGCAACACAAAAUCAGAUUAAUGGACUGUUAGGUGUAUACAAAACCCACGCGGACAUUGUCCUUGUUUUCUCACUUCCCUUCCCUGAUGCACGCAUGGUAUGUUGUAGGAACAAUUAUAGGAGUGCUAGUGGUAAUUGUUCUUUUCAUGUGCCUCUUGCCUUGUGCGGUUAAAAUUAUACUCGCAGAAGUUUAUAAGUUAAGAGCCAUCAUACGUAACCAUCAGCUAAUCAACCGCGGUGGGCUCAGAAUGUCACCUUGAACGCCACCCA